AUGAACAAAGGUGUCAUAAUGAUCAUGGGUACUUGGGUGAUUCCAUUACAAGCUCCAGCUUUGGCUACUGAUGGCGUUAUUAUGUCUACUGGAAAAUACUGCGAUGCCAAUCUUGGGUACUAUGUGGUCACCAACGUCAACACCACUGUCUGCAUUUGGAUGUCAACAGACAAACUGCAAUACACGGACGCCAGAACUGCAUGUGCUGGUAAAAAGGGAUACCUCUAUUCCGGCAAAAACGAAGACGAUCUCCGUAUGUUCCUGGACAUCGUAACUGGAUACUACGACACUGUGUGGUAUGGACUGAAUGAACUGGCCAACGAGGGGACUUACGUGUUUGAUGAUGAUGCUACAAUACUAAACCGUUCUCAGUACAAAGACUUCUUCUACCCAGGCACUUGGGUGAUUCCAUUAAAAGCUCCAUCUUUGGCUACUGAUGGCGUUAUUAUGUCUACUGGAAAAUACUGCGAUGCCAAUCUUGGGUACUAUGUGGUCACCAACGUGAACACCACUGUCUGCAUUUGGAUGUCAACAGACAAACUGCAAUACACGGACGCCAGAACUGCAUGUGCUGGUAAAAAGGGAUACCUCUAUUCCGGAAAGAACAAAGACGAUGUCCGUAUUUUCGUGGACAUCGUAACUGGACACUACGACACUGUGUGGUACGGACUGAAUGAACUGGCUAACGAGGGGACUUACGUGUUUGAUGAUGAUGGUUCGGUACUAAACCGUUCUCUGUACAAAGAUUUCUUUUGCCCAGGGGAGCCAAACAAUGCUAUACCUGAAGAAAAUUGUGCAAUAUUUUAUACUGGAUAUUCACCGCUUUCAGAUUACGCUUGUAAUAGACCAGCAAAUUACAUGUGUCAGUAUAACGGACAAUCGCCUUGA